AUGACCAGCGUAAUGCAAAGCUCAUCUGCUAAUUCGUCUCCGGCCUCGUCGCGCUUGGAUAGUUCUGACGAUAUGGCCAUUGUUCUCGUUAAGAAAUAUGUUAAAGAUUUGCUCCGUUCGCGAAUAUUUUUGGGCCGGUAUCUAGAGAGAAGGCUCGUAGAUCAACGUAUCGGUUACCGUGAUGUGGUAUUAGUAAGUGCUGCUGAGACUGAAUUAAAAAAGGAUUUACUAGAAGCGGUGAGAAGACUUCGUUUGGUCUAUCCAAAUUUACAUUGGAUCGGCGUCACGGACUCCAGCACUCUUGGUCUAAACGUGUCUUCGGGGAUGUGCAUGUGGACGGAAAUAGAUAAUCAACCGUUUGGUCCAUUCUGGUUUCAAAUCAAAAGUAUAAAGUUUAGAGAGCAUGAAAUAUUACUGACAUUGAAUUGCGUGAGACAUAUCACUGACGCAUUCAUAGAGUUAGAACCUAUACUAACAGGAGCUGUGAAACCAAAAAAGGUAGAAGAUAGCCAAGUCGAAGUUAAGGCAAGCAAUGAUGAAAGUUUUUCUGACAUAAAAGAAACAUUGAAGAGUGCCUUGUCUAUACGAAAUGUGAAAGAGUUUGUUACAUUUAUAGUAGCAUUAGUUAUUGCUGUAUUCACCGGUAGUAUAGCCUUUGUAAACUUCCUUGGUAAUUUUAUUUUAGCUUUGCUUAGAGAGUUUUCACUUUUAAUAAAAAACUCUACACCUAUGCUUCUAGGAUUUUUAGAUUUUCUUAGUAAAAUAGUUGGGGGGUUCUAUAUUUUAUUGGCUAUGCUCUUCAAACCUAGCAAUCCUGGUCCACAGAACAAAAGGAGUGUGGCAUAUUUUGAUAAUGGCAACCGUUAUAAUGGUAGAGAUUUUGAUUAA